AAGAAACUGCUGUUGUUAAUGAGACCCAGGGAGGCGGUGCAGAGGAGCUGGGUCGCGUCUGGGCCGUGGGAGACCUCGCUGUUUGAAACCGUGUCUCCUGGGCCUGCCGAGCCGGGAUGACUCGCCGUAUGGAACCACUGGCAAAGAAGAUCUUUAAAGGAGUUUUAGUAGCUGAACUUCUCGGCCUUUUUGGAGCAUAUUUUUUGUUUACUAAGAUGAACACAAGCCAAGAUUUCAGGCAAACAAUGAGCAAGAAAUUUCCCUUCAUCUUGGAAGUUUAUUACAGAUCCAUCGAACAGUCUGGAAUGUAUGGGAUCAGAAUACAAGAUCAAGAAAAAUGGUUGAACAGCAAAAAUUAGAAGCAGAAUUUUAAUUUAUAAUUUACAUUAAUAACUCAUUUCCUUUGCUUUUUACUUUUGUGAGUGGUUUUCAGCCUCUUCUUCUUGAAAUUUUUCUUUUUCUUGAUGAUACUUUUCACAUCUUUGUUGUGCAGCCAGUUAUCACGUUCGGCCUCCCAUUUAAGCUGUUUGAGACCUUUGGGAGGAGAAUAAAGAUGAGCCUACUACGCCAUUGAAGACUCUUGGCGGUCACACAGAACAGCCUGCUGAGUAACAGGAACUCGUGGCCCGCCGUGGCCUGCACUUUCCCACCCACUAUGCAAAUCCACUGCUUUUUUGUUGCUUUUCUUCUAUAUUUAUUAUCAAAGACUAAUGUUUUAUAAAUAAAUGACUAAGGAAGGAAAAGGAA